UCGAGUCUGCAGUUCCUUCAGCGCAACUCACGUGUGUCAUCAUAAACCACUUACACCAACACAGAAAGUGUAGAUUUAUGGUCUCAAAAGGAUUCAACCUGCAUCAUUCCAUUCAGGAUUGGAUUACAUGUUAAAUCCUGCACUGGGAUUGUCUCAUUCGGUUCGUCGGAAGAUGCGUGACUGUGGAUCGCAGAUUGGGGACUUUCGCGGAAUUAAACGAGCUUUAAGUGUGGUGAUAGCUAAAGUGUUCCUAUGACCUGAGCAUCCCUUUGGCCCCUCGGCUCCCCUCCCGGUGGCAGCAGGAAUAAGGGAUGUCACAAGUAUUCCUCCUUUUGAUCCUGCUCAAUUUCUCAUUGUGCAUCCAGGUGUCAUCUGCUGUAUCCCUCAAAACUUUGAUGGCAAGAUGGAUGAUGUACAGAGAUGAAUGUUUUCGAAAUAUUAGCAGAGAACCCCCACUGACAGGUGUUGUGUGCAACAGAACGUUUGAUAAGUAUGCGUGCUGGCCGGAUGGGCUGCCCAAUACCACAGUGGGUGUGGCCUGCCCCUGGUACCUGCCCUGGCACAGAGAAGUCCGACAUGGGCUGGUGUAUGUGGAGUGUGAUGCAGAGGGACAGUGGAGUAAGCAGAAAAAUGCCAAUGAAUGUGUAUCACGAGACCCCACCCAAAUCAACAUGCAACACUACGGAAGGAUCCUCAGUCAAUUCCGGACCAUGUACACUGUUGGAUAUUCUCUGUCUCUUGGGGCACUGGUGCUGGCGUUGGGGAUCCUGGUGGCCUUUAGGAAGCUGCACUGCAUGAGAAACAACAUCCACAUGAACCUGUUUGCCUCCUUCAUCCUGCGAGCCUCUUCUAUUCUUAUUAAAGAUGCCAUGCUGGAGAGACCAGACACGUUUCAUGUUGGUCAGGACAUCACCAAUGAACUCGAGGUGGAGUGGCUGGUUAAAAACGAGACGGCUGUUGGCUGCAGAGUUGCUGUGGUGAUGAUGCAAUAUAGCAUCCUAGCUAACAGCUAUUGGCUGCUGGUGGAGGGAAUUUAUCUCCACAGCCUGCUGGUGGUCACUGUGCUGACAGAGAGGAACUACUUCAACAUCUACCUCUGCAUUGGCUGGGGUGCUCCUUUGAUAUUCGUGUUCCCGUGGGUGAUUGUGAAGUACUUGUAUGAGAAUGAAGAAUGCUGGGUGCAGAACAUACACAUGGAGUACUGGUGGAUUAUUCGUUCUCCCAUCUUACUGGCCGUCCUGAUUAACUUCUUCAUCUUCAUAAACAUCAUUAAGAUUCUUGUGUCAAAACUGAGGGCGCAUCAAAUGAGAUAUUCUGACUACAAGUUCCGGCUUGCUAAAUCCACCCUCACCCUGAUUCCGUUACUGGGGAUCCAUUCGGUCCUGUUUUCAUUUGUUACUGAUGAGUCUACCUCGCAUGGUGCUCUACCACUGCGCCUCACAAAGCUCUUCAUUGACCUCUUUUUCAACUCCUUCCAGAUAUGUCCACAGGGGCUGUUGGUUGCCAUAUUAUAUUGCUUUGUCAACAAGGAGGUUCAGUCUGAGAUUCUGAAGAAGUGGAGACGUUGGAAGCUUGGGAGGGACAUUGAGGAAGAGUACCGCCACACUUACAGCCAGACUCUGCAGAUGAAGAGUGGCAGCAUCAUGGUCCAUCCACCCAAUCUACCCAGAUUGCCCGAUAUUGCCACCACAACCUCGACACUCUGCGGUCCAGAAGAGAAGCAGAUGUUGGUGUCCUGCAGCCAGAAUGGGAUAGUAGCUCGGCAGGGAUGCCUGCAGUUCACCUCCACACCACAAGAUGGCUCCACCUGCAGUUCACUUACUGAGGACACAGUGGUAGCGGACAUGGCACUACGUUAUAGUGUUCCACAGGGCAAUGCUGAGAGCAACCUGUGAUCUGGAAGAGACAUUUAACUCGAACAGUCCUUAACUCGAUUCCUCUCACUUCUUCAGGAUGAGAAGCCAGAACCCCUUGUCCUAGCUGGAGCGAGAGGUGUGUAUAUGAGUUUGUGAGAGUGUGUGAGAGCACCUGCCGUCUCUGAAGAUCAGCAGGCAACUCAUGAUUGACAUCUGAUGAUGGUAAUUCAUGGUGGACCUUAUGAAGGAUCAGUAAAGUGUAGAAGGUGGACAAAUCUUAAGGAAUUGCACAAGUGUACAUGCUAAAAAACUCAAUGAGUCUUACUUCUAAUCUGGUAUAUCUAUGUAUCGUGUUGGUGGUUCAAUAAAUGAGACCCGUCUGGACAAAUUCACACACCAAAACAACAGAAAAUCAUGCAGGGGACCAAAAGGAGCCAUCAUGACCAAACUUCUAUAUCUACAAUGUCUUGGAAUGGGUGGAAUAUAACAGACACACUGAACUGAACUUAAAUGAACUGGUUUAUGCAUUCCAGAGACUGACCACGUAUACAUGUACGUUCUGAAAUGUCACGUAAACAAGAACGCCAAUUUCCUUACGCUGUUUAAGUGAUUAAGAGAAAGCGGUUUAACACACCAGGGUUAUUGUGGUUAUAUAAACGCUUUAGUGGCAUUGUUACAGGUUUUUGAGGAGUGUGAAUGUGCAUGAACAGACUGAAAUAACAAGAGUCAUAGGAAAAAGCCCAACAACACAAUUCCACUGCAGGUCACGGUAGAAACAAACAUUGCAACAGCUCUGGAAUAUCUGGAAAUUAAGCAAAGCAAUGAAGAAUAAAAGAGCGAAGUCUUCCUUGGAUGCCAUGUUUGUUAUUUACACAAGCGUUGCGGGGAAAUUACGUUGUUGUGGAGAAAGCUGCUUACUGUAUUGUACUAUACACCGAUUUCGAGCCUUAAGCAGCUUUCUUGCAAUAAAUGGCUUUCUGGUGUCCAUGUUAACGUGGUCACUAUGAUUGAGAGCGAUGCAAAACCUAUCUUCUCUAACUCAUCCCUUCAUAGCAUUGUCUUUUUGGAAACAAUUGACACUUUUGAGUACAUGUAACAAGUAAGGGGGUGUUCACACAGGACACAUUGAUAAGCUAGAUGGAAUGCAAUAGAAUAGAGCACAACAGUGCCCGCCCACUUUUUUGCCAUCUUGAUUCCUUGAUGUAUUUUUUCCACGUUUAUUUUUUCCAUAGGGAUUUCAUAAAGAUCUAAGCUAUGAGCCAAAACAACCAGAUCCGAGGUAAAUCACAACAUUACAAACUUUGAUUCAAAGCAAAAAAGUUAAAAAAUUAGACAAAAAGACAAAAGGUACAUGACUGUGUACAUGACUGUGUACCAAUGAAGCACUGUGAAUGAAAAUGAAAAAUGAUGGAAACAAAGUUGUUGAUUACUUGUGUAGAAUCAAUAUAUAUUUAGUUUUAGUCUUUUUGCAAAAUAUUCAGAUAUAUACAAAGAUAUAAGUAGUUACUGCUGUCGUUGGUUAUCGUUAAAAAUGAAUUCCCCUAUGGAAAAAAAUAAUGGGAUUUUUACUUCUGGAAGCAGACUGUUGCACUCUAUUGAACAAAAGGUGUGUUUAUAGGCACAUUAACACCCAUACAUCAUUGCUGAUGUACACAUUCAAUAUAUUUGAGUUGCUUAUCCUGCCCACAGAUUGAUCUGGGCUACGUUUCCCAAAAGCAUCGUAAGCCUAAGUAGAUCGUAGAAACCAUCAACUUAAGCUUGCAAUGUUUUUGGGAAACACAGCCCUGAUUGGCCCAUUAUCCUUUGUUGUAAAACUCACAUUAGCUGGGUUUCCAUCCAAAUGCUUCGCAUUUUUUAUGCACAUUUCUGAACAAUUAGACUUCAGAAAAUGUGAAACAUUGCAUGUUUCCAUCAACUGUUUUAUGCGCAUUAUCUUGAGGGAGCCCACUUCAUGUCAUAGAGCAGCUGAAUGACCUCCUUGCUUCAGGGAGAGUUGUAUUUGCUGUAAUAAGAGCUAUUAUACAUUGUUGUUAAAUGCUACCAGGAGACGUCCCAGAAUAAGUGCAAUAGCUCAAAUAACAAGGGAUAUAAUACCAAUUCUCAAUGCUGCCAGCAUCUAUGUAUCUGGGAUUGCCCAUGCUCAGAACAGCACGGGCAGAUUGUGAGGAUGAGCUAUGGGUGAACCACUUCCGACUAACCAGAACUGAAACACUAUUGAAAUUGAAAAAAUCUUAGAAAUCCUAAAAAGGAACAGAAACAUGUGGCCAUAUGGUUAUAAUACAUCAUCGUUUAUACAAAUAAACUGUUUCCAUCACCUAAAUGCGCAUUUUUAAUUAUGUGAAAAUCAAAUCCAACUCAUCCUAGCACGUAAACUUUAAAGCAAAUGUUUUGAGUUUAUCCACUUACAGCGCAUUUCCAUUCAGAUUUCCUAUGCGCAAUUUCAAAAUUUGCAUACAAAUAGUUGGAUGGAAACCUUGUUGUUUAUCCAUUGUUUUUUAACUUCUAAUACUUUAAUACUGAAAAUGUGGUGCUCAUGGUGCAAGGUGCUGAAAAACAACGAAACACGCCCCUAUGGCAAAAGACGUCCGUCUGGCAAUUAAAAUAAAGCACAACUGGAAUGCAAGAAUUUGUCCUGUGUGAACAGAUCCUAAAGAUGUUUGUUUAGUUUAAUUAAAACAUCAUGACUAGGUUAGAAAUUGAUUGUCAAGUCAAGAAAGAACAGAUCAAACAGUACUGACCGUGUGCCUUCUCUGUUGGUGAUAAACCCAGAUAUCACAAAAACACAAAGAUUAUACAGUACAAUACAAUUCAAGUCCUGUAAAAAUCCAUUAGUCACACACACAUACUUCAGAGGGGAAAGCUACUUAAGGCAGAUACACUGAACAGGAGCUCAAGCAAGAGUUACAUAAAUGUGCAACUAUUAAUCAUGAUGAUGUGCUCCCUUCAAGGAAGCAUGCUUGGGAUACACAAACAUGUAAAAUAAACCCAUACGUAAAAGGCUUUAAAGGGUCUGAGUCAAUGACCCCGUUUACAUGCACUUAAUAAAACGGUUUAUUCCAGGGUUUUUGCAGAAAGCAGCAUUCUGAAACAUCAUAUAAAUGCGGUCGCCAUUUACUUUAUGCCGUUUACGUGUUCAAAAAUAAACUGUUUAACACAUCUAGGUUUCUCCCGGAGAACGCGGGUUUAUGUGGUCAUUUAAACGCAUAUAUUGCGCAUACACUGCAAUGUGCAUAAAAAAUACCAAAUAACUGAAGUAACGUCACCGGAUGUAUUGUUGCAUCAUAUCAACAAGUCAAACUGCAUGAAUUCAACAUUUCUGGGGAGUACAGUAGGAAAGGGAAAAUCACACAAAUGUAUACAAACAAUCAACUCAAACACAUCAGUUAAAAUAUCGACUAAUUUAUCUCGCAUCCACGUUUGCGCUCAAGUGCUUUGGGGGAAUACUGGACCGUAGCAUGACGUAAGAGGGAACACAUCACUUUUUCAUUAAAAAGUUAAGGAAACAAAUAGUGCAUUAACUGUGGAACAUUUGGAAAUAAAGCAAAGCAUUGGAGAACAAAAUAUAGCCUUCCUCAGACGUCAAGUUCAUAAUUUACAAAAGCAUUGUGGGGAAAUGUGCACUGGAGAAAGCGACUUGCUGACCGAGGCACAUGUACUGGGGUAAUGAGUAAACCGCUAACACAGUGCAUGUAAACAGAAUGGGAACACCGUUUUCCUGUCUUAAGCAGCUUUCUUGCAAUAAACAACUUUCUGGUGUCCAUGUAAAUGAGCUCAAUGCCUUAAUGGAGUUUUAUGUCAGAUAUGAAUCCUGUGUUGCUCGUCAAAGCAUAUAACAAUCCACCAGACAUGUUGAUAACAGUAAGUAUUAGUUAGCUUCCUGUUGUGCGUGUUUCUUGUCUCCUGAUAGGCAGUUUAAUUCUUUGGCAUAGAGCUUUGAAAGAUGUUCAUGAAACGUAGGAGGAUCGGUGAGGAAGACAGGCGACAGCCAUGAGAAAAUUUAGAACAGUUUGCAGCUCAAGACAUCGAUCAAAACAAUUCCUCACUAAUUGCUAUAAAUAUACACAGACAUACCACUGAAAUGAUUUUGCAUUGAAGUUUAAAGGAGAAGUGUGUAAUUUAUUUGUAUUGCUAGCAGGACCAAAAAAAAAAAAAGUAAAAUAAAAUCUAGUUAUUUUUGCAAUUCUGUUUGGUGCCACCAGUGGCAUAGAUGUACCAACAUGGUCUCAUAGAACCGCAUUAUACCUACAUUUUUGCAAAAUUAUUUUACAUGAUGCAUUACAUAUCGAGGCACUUUCCUGUUGAAAUGAACACUAGAGGCACUAUAACAAUGACUUUUAUUCCCUUUUACACAAAUCGACACGUAAUUACGUGGUAGCUUCAGCAAUUGUGUUUCUCAUGUAACACUUUGCUUUCUAUGACACUAUCACUUAGGUUUAAGGUUUAGGGUAGGGAGGUUGGUUUUGUUGAUUACAGCUUGGUAGAGGAUUAACAUUAGACAUUUCAUCAGUUUUUCAUCUCGCAUUUGCUUUUAUGACACUAUCGGUUAGGUUUAGGUUUAAGCUUUAGGGUAGGGAGGAAGGUUUUGUUGAAUUGAAACUCAAUAGAGCAUUAAUCUUAAAACUUCAUUUGUUUUGGAGGAAAUGUAACUUGCUUUUAGCACCACUCAAUGGACAUUCCACAUCAGAACUGUCACGAUACCUAUAGGGGACCAUGUAAUAUCAGUUUGCAAAAAUGUCGCCACAGUCACGUAAUUUUCAUGAGAUCAGGCUGGCAAUUACACAUUUCCCCUCAAAUGGGCUAAUUUGCACAAUUUUAAUUUAUAAUUGUUAAAUAUGUAGAUAUCAGUAUAUGCCUGUUGAGAUUUGUAAUGACUUUGUUUUGUGUUGUGUGUUAUUUGUGUAUUUUGUGCUUGUGUGUGCUUCAUGGAGAGUGAAAGAAUCCUUGCGGUCCUGGUUUAAAGUUUAUCUGCUUAAAAGAGAAACUGACCAAUCUUGCCCUUUCUGUGAAGCAAACUGAGAUAAAUCUGUGUUAGGCGGCUAUUUUGUAAUACUGUAAUUAUUACAGGUGAAAGACUUUAAUGAAGAACAUAGUUCAAAACAUUGCAAAAUCUAGUUGGACCUCUUUUUUUUUCUCUUUAAAAAAAAAAAAAAAGGGAAAUUCUUUAGUGCCACAAGGGAUCAAAGGUCAUGAACUUCUAUAUCUGAGCUUCUCUGCAAAACACUACAAUCCCUGUUGGCUAUUUCAAACAAAUAUUAUACAAAUGGCAUCAUUUAUUGUUACCCAACCAUGAGAAUAUACAUGGAAGUCGAUAAAUUACGCAUACUGUACAUGGGUAUGUCUCCUGUUUCAAUGUGAGUCUUGAAUGCCAAAGCCCUCAGCGAAUGCUGGGAGCCAAAGAGUCUGUUACACUCUAGGAGUGAACUGGCCAAGAAUAUCCCAGGGGUACGAGAGCCAAGCUUUUGAAGUAGAAGGAAUGUAACAGGAGGUGCAUUUGGUUAAUAAAAGCAUACAGUUUUUGAAGCAUCAAAAACUUUUAAUACAUUGAUAACUGUCAAUAGUUCUUAAUGGAAUAGUUCACCCAAAAAUGAAAAUCUUCUUGUCUUUUCAACCACAAAAUGAAACACAAACAUAUUUGGCAGAAUGUCCAAGUUUUUUUUUCCUAUACAUUGAAAGUGGAUGGAGAUUUAUAUUGUCAAGCUCCAAAAAGUCUUAAAAAGCCUAAUAAAUAGGGCAGACUCAUGAUAAGGAUGUCACUGCAGUGACUUUUUCCAUCAUGCAUCAUGAAAACGUCGCACAUGUUUUACCACAUUAUGUUUCAUUACACUUAUAAAUAUAUUAGGUGCAUUAUACUAUCAUAUCAGUAUUUAAGAUCCCCUAAGCCAAUCCCAUUCCUAAACCUAACCACUUAUAAGCAAUAUAAAACAUGCCUCAGGCAGGUACAUUUUGCCACAAUAAUUUUAAUUUACAUUACACCAUAAUAUAGAUGUUUUUGAACAUCUAACCCAACCCUUACUCCUAAACCUAACCCUUAAUUUGACAACAAUAUAAAAGACAUAACAAGCAGAUAAAAGUUCAAUCAUAAUGAUCUCAUUCUUCCACAAAAAGACAAAAAGUUCAUAAAAUUAUUCCAAACAAUUUUAAGUGUUUAAUGUUACUCACACAAAGCCGUCAUCGAUCCCGAAUACAGUGCACAAAUAGCAUGAAUCAUUUUUAUGGUGCUUUUCUCCUUUUUUGAGACAUAAUUCAGACAUUCUAAAAACUCCCUUUGUGUCCCGUGGCAAACAAAACGAUUAAGAAAUAAGCAAUAAAUAAAUAAAGCAAUGAGUAAAUGAUGAGAGAAUUUUCAUUUCAUUUCUUUUAAAAAUUUUGCCUUGGGUAAAGUAUCGUAAUCCUCAAAAUUUAGUUGAAUAUGGCAUCAGAGUGACAUUUAAAAUACGGACAAUUAGUGACGUUUUAGAGAUGCAUGCAAUGGACCAAGGAAGAUGUUUUGGUGGCGCAGACAAAAAUGUGCAAUAGGUAUGUAUUUUUAUGAGUGUGUGUUGCCAUAAAACUAGUCCAUACAACUUUUUCACUUUAUUCCAAGUCUUUUGAAGCCAUGCGAUAGCUUUGUGUGAGGAAAAGUCAAAAUUUAAGUUGAUGUUCUUGUAGUUUUUUUCUUCACUUUUUUCAGUCUUGCUGAUUGCAAUCGGUUACGAGGCACACAAGAACCAAUGGUGUAUGACGUCAUUGACAACCUGGUGUGAUGUGUCUGAGGGCACAAUUCUUUAAAUUUAACAAGCGUGAAUGAGAUGGGUGAGCUCUAGUGGAGGGGAGACUGUCAAUGAGCACGUUUACAUGCACACCAAUACGCUGAUUACUCUGUAAAAUCUGAUUACUUAUUUAAAAAAUCUGACAAAGCAAUAAAUUCGUGUUUGCAUGACAUUUGAAAUAAUCACAUUAUUCUCUGCUUUUGACGUCAAUCCGCGAAGAAGGAUGCGCACAUUGGAUGCGCACAUUGGAAGAAUGCCGGUUCAUGUGUUUAUAUGCCACACGAAAUCAGCAGAUGGGCAAAAAUCUACCCGUGUCAACCGGUUUAUUCAUAAGCCGUUUAUGGCCUUUACGCUGAUAAAGGAACCCGGUUUAUUGCAUUUAAAUGAGCACAUGUGUUGUCAACUUAUUAAGCAUUAUCAGUGUAAGAACGUGCAUGUAAACACGCUGUAACACAAAGGAUGGGCAAGGAGGAGGCAGGAACCGGCUGAACAGUAAACAAAGUUUAAUGGUAAACUUAAAACCAACAUAAACGAACAUGCAGCACGGCCACAUGCGUCUCUCUCUCUCUCGAACCGGCAUCUCCGGCUGCCCUUUACCUCGCUCUCCCAUUGAUCAGCUGAUUCAGGGCCCAUGCCCUCCUCAUCACACACGCUCACAAAUGAAGCAAUUAUUUGCCUUCAGAAGACUUGAGAUAUAGCUUUCAAGCCAUGUGGGCUACUUUUCUUGGGGUGGGGUUAUCUUGGCAGUAUAAAUUACCAUACUGGUAAAGGACAUUCUGCCUAACAUUUAGUUUUUCAAGGAAGAAAAAAUAUGAAGUUGGACAUCGGGUUAAGUAAAAUUGAGUAAAUAGUGAAAGUUUCCUUAUGGGAACUUGUGAACUAUUCCUUUACUUUGGUUGGUGCCAAAACUUGAAAACAAUAAACAGAAGAUGCAAGUAAAUAAAAUAUUGCUCAAGAGACAAGAGAUCUUUUUUGGCCCUGGCUGCAGUGUCUUUGAUUGAAUGUAUUGUGUACAGUGUAAGUUUCCACCUUUUUUUUUUUUUUUAAAUCACAGUGUUGGUGUUCAAUGGUAUAUACCUAAUUUACAUUGCGAGCGGCGCAAUAAUUUUGAAUUCUCCCGUUAUAAUUAAAGAUGCUGCCAACACUGCAAGCAAGCCAUGUAGUGUGACAUCGCUUGCAGCAAAGACAGCUUUGUUCAUUAAUGGGUGCAUUCUAGGUUUUUUUUUCUUUUUGGUGGUGGUGGUGUUGUAUUGCUUACUGUGCAGAUGGGGUGAUGGCAUGGCUGGCCAGACUAGUAGAGGAACAGAGAAGCCCGCCAUACUUCAUAAAAAUGUGCUUGUGUGUUUUUCUUUUUAUUAUUAUUAAUUCUGAUAUGAAAAUGGUGACA